AUGUGUAGCCGCGACACCUUGACCAAAAAGUGGUAUUGCUGCGAACCAGGAAACAAAGUCGGCCCAUGCUGGACCGGCGCGACCAAAUGCGAAGGCUCAACCGCAGACAAGCCUUCUGCGCAGCAAACAGGCUGUACCAAUCUCGGCGUCGAUUACUGCUGUCAUGAAGCCGAACAAUGCACCCAAAACGCAAAGCAGUUCCGCGUCUGCUGGAGCAAAGAACAAAACACAAUCCGCUUCCUCAACGCCACAACCCUCAACGAAACUUUCUCAUCCCUCAGCUCCGCAAGCCCACGAGCGACUCAAUACCCCGUCGAAGCGCAGCAAUUACUCGCCUGGACGUCCACCACCCCAGGCGCUUCUGCAAAACCCACGACCAGACCGGCUGCCUCAUCAUCACCACCCGCAGCAUCCAGCACUCCAACCAUCCUGUCCUCCACGUCCAACUCCUCCUCAUCCUCCAAGUCUACCCUGUCCACCAGCGCAAUUGGCGGCAUCGUAGGCGGCCUGCUCGGCGGCCUAGCACUCCUAGGCGCCAUCGCAUUCCUCCUCUGGCGCCGGCGGAAAAGCGCUGCCAGAAAAUCCAAUCCGUACGAAGCGCCCAGUGACCCUUACCAGGGCUACGCGUACCAGCCCCAACAGCCUGUUCACGAAGCGCAUUCCCCAUACUCGCCGCAACCAGGAAUUUCACAACUACCUGCGGUGGAUAAGUACGCGCAGCACGCGGGGCCGGUGGAAGUAAGUGCGUUGAGUGCGCCGGUGGAGAUGGAUGCGAGUUAUCGAAGCCAGGUGCGGCCGGCGAAGUGA